UAUUUUUACUUUUUAUUUCUUUUUGUUGUUUUAUUUGUAUCUUCCUAGAUUAUUUUCCCUUACUUUUUUUCUUGCAGACACUGCCCUGAGCAUUAAAUGACCCUUAAUUUGCUAACUCCAUAAGCUUUCUCUAUCUUAUUGGGAUGGUUUUUCUGGUCUGUGUGUGUAUGCACACACACACUCAAACAGAAGGAUGCCAGACAGGUCCUUACAGUGUGAUUUGGUUCCUCCUCCAUAAUAUUGUGUGUAUGAGUUAGCAGGUGUUAAGGACACUAGUUUGCUCACUUUAUUACUGAGGCACAGCUGCUUGCCAUAAAUAUAUCUCCUAAGUAUUUCCUGACCCAAUCCAGCCGUAAACUGAGCGACUCAUUAGAAGGAAGAUGCCUGUCUCUGACUUCCUCGUACUCUGCAGACAGAGGUAAGAGAACUAUGAAAAAUGAACUAGAAAUAGAAAAAUGUCAACCUCAGGAUCCUGACCACCCCAGAAGAUAACUGAGAAGAUGCUUCGCCGCUGACAUCUCUGAAGUCCAGUCUGGAUCAUUUUUACACAUAAUUGAUUCAUUCUGCCCUCCUGGGUUUAGGGGUGUGAGAUUUAAGGGGCUCUAUGCUAUCCAACCGCAAGAAUGUUUAUGCAAAGGAUGGAUGUCCACUUGGCAGGAAUAUGCUUUCCAUUCCUUCAUUCAGCAAGCAUUUAUUGCAUACUUUGUACCAGGCAUCUACAAUACAAAGAUAAAUAAGACAUGGCCUUUGCCUCUGAGGAGCUCAUUGCUUAGUAGAUGACUUUAGGACAGCUUCCAGGAGAAACCUAUGCAGGGUAUUAAAAAGGCUUUAUGAGAGUGACCCAGGGAAUAAGGAUGGUGAGUGUCAUUCCAGAGGGGAAACAGCAAGAACAAAGGCAUAGAAGCGAGAAACAGUAUGAUGGUGUACCCAUCAUGCUACUGGAGCAUACUUAUUCGUGACAAGGGAAAGUUCCAAGUAGAUAACCUUUUAGAGACCUUUCAAACCUGACUUUCUGUGAUCCUUUGCUUCUACAGUGGUCAUUUAUUCUGUAGGCUUUUCUUGGGCCACUGCUAUAUUUCCUGGUGAGUGCUUUUAUAGGCUCCAAUACAGCAUAUCUGCUUUCUCUGUCCCACUGUCAUGGAGGUAGGUUGUUCACCACCACCAUCACUUAGAGCUGGCUGGACAUACUAUCAUUUGAGGUUUUAAGGGUAAUUUUUAGGUGCCCAGGUUUUCAACAGUGAAGGUUGCUUCUUGGGUUCUAUUGUCCCAUUAAGAGAUCAGAAAUACCGUCUAGUCUAAAAGCCUUCAUUUUGUGCUCUUUUCCCAUUCAUAGCCUGUUCUCUUCACUUCUGCAGUUUUCAGCUGCUAAGAAAGCCUUCCCAAAAUGUACUCCACCAUCUCUUCCUGUUUAGAACCUACAUCUGUCUAAUCAUCUCCCUGUGAUUAAGUGUUUAAGAGUCUGAUUUUCUGUCAGACUUUGGAGUUCAAAUUUCAGCUCUUCCCCUUACUAGUUGUGUGACCUUGGGCAAGUUUAUUCAACCACCUCUACUUCAGUUUCCUCAUUUGUAAAAUGGAAAUACCAACUUCGUGGGGUGCUUGUGAAGAUUAAUAGGUGACAUAGAGAGCUCAAUCCCUGGCAUACACUUAAGCAACUCAAUAUUAGGUCUUAGCUCCUACAUGAACUAAGUACAAUCAACUGAUGAUUGUAAUAGUUGCUUUUCUAUUUCUCAGCUUUAUGGCUCUAUUUUAUUUGAUAUUGAAGGAUAAAAGAUAAAUGUUUACCAUCACCUAGAAUUGUAUUCUGGCCUUUAAAGGAACCUGAGGCUUAAAUGGGUUAUUAGCUUUGGAAGAUGGCCUGCAAAUUACUGCUUUAAUUUAUAUUUUUCAUUAAAAGCUCAGCUUGCCUCUUCUACAGCUGUCUUCCCUGGCCCUGAAACCCUAGUGUUUAGCCAUAAAAGGUUUUAAAAUUAAGGGGCCAUAAUUCUCUUCAUUCCCUACAAUGUGUGGAUUAAUGGUAAGAAGGUACACAGAAUAUAAUAAUCUUAUCUUGAACAACAUAAAAAAGGGUUUAGUCCUAUUUCUCGCCUUUGAAGCACAAAUUAAGAGAUACAAUGUAGUUUGUUUUCUUUACAUAGGUGUGUAGAACUUUAUGAAAAAAAAAAACACUGGUUCAAGUGUCAGGAGACCUUGGUCCUAGGCUCUUCACUGCCACCAAGAUGCUGUGACCUCUAACCCUUUGCACAUACCCGGUAUUUGCUUUGUGCCUUGGAGGGUUAAGCAUUAGAGAGUUUAAGUAAAGCGCAUAAUAUCAUACCUGGCGCACAGAACCGCCCCCCCAAAACGGUAGGCAUUAUGUAGUAGCUCUCUGAAAAUCUAGCCCAUCAGGAUAAUGAAAAUGGAACGUUUGGCGGUGAGAAAGGGGAACCACAUCAUAAGACACCGCCAGUCGAAAUAAGUGUGCGGAAAUACAGUCGAGUCGGGUAAAGACUACACCUCCCGUCGGGCAUUGCGGCGGCGUCUGUCCGCCUUACCCAGAGUCGCCCUGUCUAAAUUGCGCGUGUCUUUCCGCGGAGGCCCCGGAUGUAGACCUUCCAGCUCAAUGGGCGUAGCUUCACGUUGGCUCUGAGACCUGGGGCGCUCUCAUUGGCUGUGGGCCUUCUAGCAGGAUUGGACGCGAAAGAAGGGGCGGUGCCAAGACGCAGGGCGCUAUAGCAACAGCCAGUCAGAAGCGAGGCCGGGCUUUGGCGGGAGGUGGGAACGCUGUAGUUGAGCAGAUUUGGCGCGAGCGCGGCUGGUGUGUGGUUUACUCAGGAUCUUGCGGAGAGUCCCUGAGGCCGUGUGUGAAACGUUAGAAGGAGCCUGCACUGAGCUGUGUUGCCAUCAUGCCUCAAACCCGAUCCCAGGCACAGGCUAUAAUCAAUUUUCCAAAAAAGAAAUUGUCUUGGCCAUUGGACAUCAAACUAGGACCAACAAAUGUCCAGACUAUACCCUGUUCUCCCUGUGUAAAAAUUCUGCCUCUCAGCCCCAGAAAACGUCUUGGUGAUGACAACCUAUGCAACACUCCUCAUUUACCUCUCUGUUCUCCACCAAAGCAAGGCAAGAAAGAGAAUGGUCCCCCUCGCUCUCACACAACAUCUAAGGGAAAGGGACGCAGAUUGGUAUUUGACAAUCAGCUAACAGUUAAAUCUCCUAGCAAAAAAGAACAAGCCAAAGUUCACCAAAACAAAAUACUUUCCUCAGUUCAAAAAAGUCAAGAGAGCACAACAAAUUCUAAGCAGAGAUGUCCAUUGGAGAAAGAAUCUGCAUGUAUGAGACUGUUCAAGCAAGAAGGUACUUGCUACCAGCAAGCAAAGCUGGUUCUGAAUACAGCUGUCCCGGAUCGGCUGCCUGCCAGGGAAAAGGAGAUGGAUGUCAUCAGGAAUUUCCUGAGGGAACACAUCUGUGGGAAAAAAGCUGGAAGUCUUUACCUUUCUGGUGCUCCUGGAACUGGAAAAACUGCCUGCUUAGGCCGAAUUCUGCAAGACCUUAAGAAUGAACUGAAAGACUUUAAAACUAUCAUGCUGAAUUGCAUGUCCUUGAGGAGUGCCCAGGCUGUCUUCCCAGCUAUUGCUCGGGAGAUUUGUCAGGAAGAAGUAUCCAGGCCAGCUGGGAAGGACAUGAUGAGAAAAUUGGAAAAAUAUAUGACUGCAGAGAAGGGCCCCAUGAUUGUGUUGGUGUUGGAUGAGAUGGAUCAACUGGAUAGCAAAGGGCAGGAUGUAUUGUACACACUGUUUGAAUGGCCAUGGCUAGGCAAUUCCCGAUUGGUGCUGAUUGGUAUUGCUAAUACCCUGGAUCUCACAGACAGAAUUCUGCCUAGGCUUCAAGCUAGAGGAAAAUGUAAGCCACAGCUGUUGAACUUUCCACCUUAUACCAGAGUUCAGAUAGCUACUAUCUUGCAAGACCGACUUAAUCAGGUGUCUAGAGAUCAGGUUCUGGAUAAUGCUGCAAUUCAGUUCUGUGCCCGCAAAGUCUCUGCUGUUUCAGGAGAUGUUCGAAAAGCACUAGAUGUUUGCAGGAGAGCUAUUGAAAUUGUAGAGUCGGAUGUCAAAAGCCAGACUAUCCUCAAACCACUGUCUGAAUGUAAAUCACCGUCUGAGUCUCUGAUUCCCAAGCAGGUUGGUCUUAUUCACAUAUCCCAAGUCAUUUCAGAAGUUGAUAGUAACAGGAUGACCUUGAGCCAAGAAGGAGCACAGGAUUCCUUCCCUCUUCAGCAGAAGAUCUUGGUCUGCUCUUUGCUGCUCUUGACCAGACAGUUGAAAAUCAAAGAGGUCACUCUCGGGAAGUUAUACGAAACCUAUAGUAAAGUCUGUCGCAAACAGCAGGUGGCAGCUGUGGACCAGUCAGAGUGUUUGUCACUUUCAGGUCUCUUGGAGGCUAGGGGCAUUUUAGGAUUAAAGAAAAACAAGGAAACCCGCUUAACAAAGGUGUCUUUGAAGAUUGAAGAGAAGGAAAUAGAACAUGCUCUGAAAGACAAAGCUUUAAUUGGAAAUAUCUUAGCUACUGGAUUGCCUUAAAUGCUUCUCUUAUACCCUACCUGAAAGUAUUCAGCUGGCAUUUAGAGAGCUACAGAGUCUUCAUUUUAGUACUUUAUAUAUUCAGCAUCACAGGACAUGGCCCCCCCAGCCGCCUAGCCGGGACCCAUCUAGGAGUGGCAUCCAUUUUGGUGCCCUGAAGGCCAGC